AUGGCGGCGAAGCUGGAAGAAACGAGCUCAGAGCUCUACGAGCGCUGCACAAACGCCGCCCUCAGCUCUCCAGAAGGCCGCGCCAAAAUCUUCGGCCAGGAUGAAUUGCUCAAGAUGGGUGUGGUGGAUAGUGCUCAAGCGCUGCUGGAGCUGUUGCAAGGCUUGAUGGAUGCACAGUUGGUGCGAUUGAUGCAGAUGGAGGGCAAGAUUUGCUAUGCGCUGCGCACUAAGGAUGAUGCGGCCAAGUGCAACAGCGGCACCAAUGGUACCUGGACAAAGACGAUCAAGCAGCGCACAAACAUUCAUCAAACCACCGUCACGAAAGCUAUGAAGACGCUCGAGGGCAAGAAGCUCGUCAAACCCGUCAAGUCGAUCAAGAACCCUGCUCAAAAGAUUUACAUGCUAUUCCACCUGAGUCCGAACGAGGAUGUUACCGGAGGACCAUGGUUCAGCGACGGAGAACUGGACGUCGAAUUGAUUGCCAUCACCGCAGACGCCGUAAUCCACUUUAUCGCCCAGAACAGCUGGAAGACCGUCUACAUCAAGCGCGAAGCUACUCCUGAAGCCGACGGUGUCUCCAAAAAGAGGAAGAGAAACGAUGCGGCAGAUAUCGAAGGGUCGCAUCCAAAGUCACGCAGAGCAGGCGGCUAUGAAACACAAAUCUCCUAUCCGGCAGGCUGGCGCGGUUAUCCUACAGUCUCUGCCAUUCAUCACUUCAUCACGGAAGCUGGGUUCUUGAAAGACAGUUCUGCGCUCGCCGAGUCUGAUCUCCAGAACUUGCUCGAUGUCUUGGUGUUUGACGAACGCAUUGAAAGGAUCGGAAAUGGCUACAGAACCUGCAAGGGUGUCUUUGGGGCAACAGAAGCCAUGAAGAACAUCAUGCAGGGAAGACAAGUGGGAGACGCGGUCGAAGAGGUCGAAGGAAACGGAUUGAGUCAGGCGCCUUGUGGCAGGUGUCCAGUCUUCAAUCUCUGUGAAGACGGUGGCCCUGUUAAUGCGAAGAACUGCGAGUACUUCCAGACUUGGCUGAGGGCCUGA